AUGGAUAAGCUAGUGCCAAUAGUAAACAAGUUGCAAAACGUGCUGUCUUCGUUCAUUAGCAGCGAGACGCUUAGCCUGCCGCACAUCGCGGUAGUGGGUGCGCAGUCAGUAGGGAAGACGUCCCUGCUGGAAUCGCUAGUUGGGUUAAGUUUUAUGCCAAAGGGUGAAGAUAUUGUAACGAGGACCCCUAUCAUUAUACAGUUAACAAAUUCAAAGUCGGAAGAAUGCUACUGUACGUUAACCUAUACCGACUAUGAAAAUAACCGAGUGGAAAAACAUGUAGACGAUUUUUCCAUUUUGAAUGAUAUGCUCAUAGAUGUGACGGAAGAAAUUACUGGAGGGAAUAAGUGCAUUAAGGAAACACCAAUAAUUAUAGAAAUACACAAAAGUGACGUUCUAGAUUUAACCCUAAUUGAUUUGCCAGGGUUAACAAAGGUACCCGUAGGAAAUCAGCCACAAAAUGUAGAGGAACAAAUUGUGAAUUUGGUAAAUAAAUAUAUAAAAAAUCCCAACUGCAUCAUUUUAGCCGUGUCCUGUGCUAACAUCGACUUAGCCAAUUCGGACAGUUUGAAAAUGGCUAGAAGUGUGGACCCGAAACAUGAAAGAACCAUAGGAGUUAUCACAAAAUGCGACAUGGUGGAGAAACCCGAGAUAUGGAAGAAGAUGAUUAGCGGUUCAUUGUACCCACUAAAAAAAGGGUUCGUGGCAGUUGUCUGUAGGAGUCAGAAAGACGUGGAGGAUGACACCACCAUUGAAGAUUCGUUGAGGAAGGAGGAAGAAUAUUUUAAUCAGUGUCUAGAUCUUUCGAAUCAAAUGGAAUGCAUUAUGGAAUGUGGAAUUAAGAAUCUAGCGAAAAAAUUAAAUAAUAUCCUUAUUGAACAUAUUAAAAAUACCGUCCCUUUUUUAAAACCUAAAAUAGAUGCCUUGAAAAGCAUAGAAGAGGAGAAGUUACUAGAAUUAGGAGAACCUAUGGAUAAUAUGAACCGGUCUGAGUAUUUAGCAGUCCUGGUGAACUACAUCACCAAAUUUUCUCAGCAAUAUCAAGACAUAAUAGAUGGAAAAGUGUUUUAUAAGGACCGAGUGGAUGAGCUAAAGGGAGGAGCAAGGAUACAUUACAUUUUUAAUGACUGGUAUAUAAAAUCUUUAAAUGAUUUUUCCCCAUUAGAAUUGUUAACAGAUGAAGAGAUUCGAAUAGCUAUUCGUAAUUCUAGCGGACCAAGAGGUGCCCUUUUUGUCCCAGAAAGCGCAUUCGAAACGUUGAUAAAAAAAUUAAUAAACUGUUUGAAGGAACCCUCCUUACGUUGCGCAGAUCAGGUGUAUGAAGAACUCAUAAAAAUUGUGGACAACUGCAGAAUAGCAGAUAUGGAGAGAUUUACCAAUUUGAAGAGUGCAAUAAAUGAGCAGGUUAAAAUAUUGUUAAAAGAUUGCCUACAGCCAACAAAAGAAAUGAUAAAAAAUUUGAUGUUAAUUGAGCUAUCCUACAUUAACACGAGUCACCCCGAUUUCCUCAAUGAACAGUUUAUGAGGAAUGUCUACGAUAAGGACAACGAUUACAUGGAGGACUUGGACCACGCGGUGCACAUGCAGAGCAACAGCAAUAAGCUCCCGCACUCGAAAAGGGACUUCCAGGAGGGAUACCCCCCCACGAGUGCCGGCAGCAACAACAACUGCAUGAACAGCUCCACCGAAGACGCCAAGCCGUGGAAAGGCAAAGACGAUAUGCGUCCCUUCAAAAAUAAAGAAGGAACAAAAAUUACGAACAUCCACAACAGCAGAGAAAACGUCUUCGUUCUGCCAGUCAUUCCUGAAAAAAUAAUUCCAGAAUACUCCUCCUCCUCCAAGGAAAUAAUAGAAAUCGAUCUGAUCAAAUCUUUAAUUAACAACUACUUUAACAUUGUUCGAAAGCACAUAGCCGAUGCAGUUCCGAAAGCCAUCAUGCACUUCAUGGUUAAUACAUCCAGGAAGACUAUGCAGAAGGUGCUCAUUUCCAAUUUGCAUAAUAGCGAACUUUUUAAUUUAUUUAAUGAAUGCUCUUCCAUAAAGGUGAAACGGAACAACUGCAAGAAGAAUUUGGAAUCCCUAAACCAGGCGAUCAAGAUGUUGGCGGAGAUUAGGAAUCAGGAGCUUUAG